UGAAGAUGUAUUGGGCACCGGAGAUGGUCCCUUGCGAUCCAGGGAAGCUUGCAGAUGGAUCAGCAGACUCAUUUGUCAAACAAACUAUGGUAUUAUAUACAAUAUUCUCGCAGCCUGUUUCUGUUCUUCUUUAUCAAAUCAUUUCUCUCCUCGUUGAAACUCAUAAAUAUUUUCUUCCACAUCCUUCAAUCAUCACAGGACUUCCUGGAGUUCCGUGACUAUUAUGGCUUCCACGAUCAUCCUCUUCCUAAACAAAUAAGGAAACUCAGUAGAAUCUUCAACAAGGAAGUUUCUUAGCAUAUACGCUAGAGGAUAUCGUUAUCUUUCAUGUAAUCGUAGAGAAUUUUAAAUUGCGCAGCAUCUUGGACGUCAUGAAACGAACGAAGGCCGAUCCGCGUCUCGAUCUCUUCUUUUAUGCUAUCCAUCAUCCAUCAACCAAAAGUGGCAGAUGCAAUUCUUUCUACCACGAUUCUCGAUGCAUGAUGGAUAUUAUCUCAUUCUAAUUCUCAAAUGGACGAACACACGAACCAACGCAGAUCUUCAGAAAUUAUGCACAACAUGGUGACUAAUUUUUUAUUCAUCGUUCACGAAGCUAAGAGGUAGAAACUCUAAUCGCCGGCUCUUCGCAUCAUUAAAAUGCGCAAUUUCGAAGAACGCACGCUGCUCCAGGUACUCCGAAGAGCACAGUUCACAAUCCCAUGCAUUUGCAGCGGCCGAUUCAAGGAAGCUUUCGAGAAGUUUUCAAAGUCGGUCCGUUUGCCGAAACGCCUGAACAAGCUGCAAGGAAAAUCAUACAUUAAGCAAAAAUCAAUAUCUUUUUCUAAUAAUAAAUACUAAAAAUAAAAAAACUUCCAUCAAAUUCUAAUUUUCCGAUUUAUGCUUUGCUGCUGAUGUGGGCAAAGCUGGGUCGAGUACGUGGAAAUACUCUAUGCUUCGUCGGGUACCUUUCCUAUAUCUUCCUCAAUGAUCUAUUUUACAAUAAUUCUUCUUCAUAGAUAGCAGCUGAUACAAGCAGGGCAAGCAUGGAGCAACUCACUUCAGCAUUACAAUCCUUCUCACAUUUACAGACCGUCCGGGACCGGGAAAAGUUGGACUCUGAAUGCUUUAAAGGAAUGCUUGUUAUGAUAGAAAACUCAACUUUCUUGAAAUCAAUCAUGCAGUAUAUUCUUGAUAAUAUACUACAUGCUCAAGAAAGUUUAUGAAGCACAUUCAUUCCUCAACCACGAGUUUUACGAAAUCCCGCAGCCAAUCGGAAGCUACUUAUGAUCUCAAUCUUUUAGUAGCUACUUCAAUUCUCACUCUUUUCUGCCUUUGUCGAAUUCCAGGACAAAGAAAAAUAAAAGUCAUCAGCUCUAAACUCUCCUCUUGCUCGGCUUGGACUGUACUGGCCACCGACGCGAGCAUUUCUGCUCGACGAAUUAAGUAUCCGCCAGCUGAAGGUUAAGUCUACCAUCUUCCUCAUACUCAUCCUCAGAUAGUUUUUCAACUCAGUGACUAUCCCGAGGAUACUUCCUAUGAGAAGGAACAUUCUAAAUACAGAAUGCUGGGAGACGAGGGAUUUUGGAAGUAUACCUAUACUUUUCUUACAUGCUUUAAUUUUACUCAUCUCUUUUCUUUUCUAAUUGUUUCUCUUUCCUUUAUCAUUCCCCUAUAUCAAACUCCUCUCCCAGACGUUGGCUGACUUUGCAAACGAGUGGGUCGAUAAGACCCGCGUUCCUUAAGAUUCAGAGGCUCUCUAGUGCUUCCACAUCUCAGUAUCAAGUCUCAUGAUAUCUGAUAGGAACCUAGAGAACCUCGCCUCCUCUUCCAAUGCAUCCAAAAACGGAGAGCCAGACCGUGAAAAUUUUUCUUAUGAAAAAGGUGAAUCCGACGAAGACUCACGCCGCAUUUGGUUCUCUUAUAAAAGAAUAUUCAAAAACUGACUCCGUCGUAUCUAAAAACUCUUACUCCAUUCAUCUUGAUCCAUUUCAAUAAUUUAACUGCAGCAUAGAGAAUAAAAGAUCGAAGAUUUCUAAUUUAUU